AUGGACCCAUGGCUAGGUAUUACUGCACGGUCAUCGAGACUGUUCCUCGAGGGUCCAUGCGCACCGAGCAUCGUGGGGAUUAGUUAUUAUGCCUUAGUCGGCCAGGCUCAGGCCCAGUCUUCUGACUUCCGGCUCAUCUUCGCUCUCUGCCUCCUGGGAGGACUGCUGGUGAACCGUCGAGCAUGGCCUGACUGGCUUUACAGCCUCUUUCUCGCCUCAUCUGGCCGUCUUCUACCCGCCUUUCGUACUAUAUCGCUGGACGCAUCACUCCUUUUCCUAAAUCUCAAUGUACGACGAGAACCAAGAGCAACUGAUUCUGUAACCGACACUCCUUCAUCUACUUUGACCAACGCAACAUCCCCUAUUGAAACGCCAACUGAGGACUCACGAGUUGAUUGGACCUCUUCUGGCGGGUAUACGACGUCUAUAACCAGCCAGACCCUGGACCACCAGUCAGGGCUGGACGGCACACACAGCACUACGCUUACACACUCUGCUCUCACUACAUCCACUUCCGCAACUCCAACAAGCGAACCUACAUCGCUCAUUUCAUCCGUGCCGGACGAUGAGUCCUCCGGUCCUCCAUACGCUCUCAUAUUCGGCCUUCUCUUCGGCAUCCUGGGGCUCAUAGCCCUUAUUGCUCUAAUAAUAAUCAUCAUACGCCGCCGCCGCCGGUCCAAUCAAGUGUCAGAUACGGAUAGCCUGCAGGGUGACCGCGCGUCCACCAACUCAAGGACAGGUCUACGGCGCGACUUCCGGUCCCAGAUGUCAUAUCUCGCCGAUGCAUCACCGACUUCAUCCGGUCUCUUUAACUUCCAACCAGGUGCUGCCCAUGAUUCUGACAAGCAGCACCAAGCCCCACCCUAUUCAGAUCCGUUUUCAAAUACAGAAGCAGUGCCUGACGGAGGCAUACGGACUGCACCCACAAAUAGGGAUUACGAGGAUCGGCCACAUAUACACUCUACAGAACCCCAAGCAGCUAACAGGGACUCAUUCCACAGCGGCACAAGCCUUGGCAGCACUCUCGUUCUUCCGGGGCGAAGCAGCAUGGGGAGUGAAUACCAAGGAACGAAUCUCCCCUCCCCGACUGCGCCCAGCGGGACCAGCAUGGGCAGCACCCUUAUUCUUCCCGGCAGAAGCAGCAUGGGAAGUGAUAGUCAAGGGCCAAACCUUCUUUUUCCCAAGCCGCCCAACAGUUCAUCCUAUACAUACCAGAGAACUGUUGUUCGGAUAGAUGGGGUUGGGUCACUUGACCCGGACAAGUCGCAAACUGUGGUUUCUAGAAGAAGUUCGGGGACUAUACCGGCAGGGCUUUCAUAG